UUUAUACGAUUGAAAUUUGCAGAAACCUACAAGGAUGUAAUAAUGGAAUCCGGGCCAAAUCUGGGUAAACUCCUAUAGAGACAACACACAGCUCGUCUGGAUAGCGCUCGUGAAAAAGGAUUCAUUUAUUCUUUUUGCAGCAGAAAUAAUCGAAAAGAAAUGAAACCGACAAAUCUCCUUCGUUCGGCGCUAGGCUGCACUGUGUCAUGUGACAAAUGUACAGUUGAUGGUUUCGAAGUCGCGAAUCUAAUUUCGGAUAAUGUCCUGCUGCGACAAAAAGGAGCUUUACUGGAACACUUUAUUCGUCCACCUGUUAAUAUUGAUUUCACGCUACCGUGUCCCAGUGAUGUUGCCUUUGUCAGGAUCAAACUUGCUAAGGCUUCAAUUGCUGUACAGCGUCUUCAAAUAUGGGCGCAAAGUUCUGGGCAGAAUCAGUGGGUGAAGUUGACAACCGUGUCUAACGUUGACGGAGAACUUCUCCUAAAGUGUGGCCAUAUAUUACCUCCGUACCUUAACGUGGAUACUGCCUUGGGACAGUCAUCGCCGCAGAUAGUGAAGAUGUUAAGGAACACAGUUAAGCUUCGCAUUAUGAUACUUUCGAUGAAAAAUUGCGUAGCUGUAGGUCUUCCCGGAUGUGAGGCACUUGGAGUUCCAUCCCGCCAUGUUCAGCGAACCCACCCGAUAUUCAGCAGAUUCGACGGAAAGCCCAAGAGUACCUCUAAUCUUCAACAGUUUCCUUUAACUUCUACCGCCCAUAAUCAUGGUUAUUUAAGAAAUAAGCCUGAAAAGAGUGAUAUCAUACAAAAUUCUUCCAGGAAACGUCAGUUGCAUGAGAUAGCUUCGUCUUCAAGCGCUGAAACAAUCCCUGAAGAGUUUCUCGAUUCUAUCACUGUUGCAGUUAUGACUAUUCCAGUCGUAUUACCCAGCGGCAAUAUUGUCGACCAGUCUACUUUAGACAAAUACGUUGCUAUCGAGAACCGUUGGGGACGUCCAGCGAGUGAUCCGUUUACAGGUGUUCCGUUAAGAUCUCGACCACCUGUCCUGCCUGAACUGAAAAGCCGCAUUGACCAUUUUUUGUCAAGUAGCGGAAGCGCUUUAGGAGUAAGGGUAGCCGAUGGCCGAAAUGUAACUCGACCUGAGGUGUCGAGAUUGGUUUCAGUACAAACCGCCACAGCAAAAAGAGAAUCCGUUAUAAAGAUGAAUACAAGUUACGGUGAAACAGGACCCAAUGUAUCGUUGUCUACUGAUUCGAAGACGGCAUUUGCCCAAGCACUGGCCACAGCCCGUAGAGUGCUCAACCGAGGAUCCGAAGCAACACAAGCAGACAGCGGUACCUCCAAAAAGAUCAGGCCAACAUGCGCAAACUGCGAUUCUAUUGAGGCCACAUAUAAAUUAACUUGUGGGCAUGUGCUGUGUAGAUCGUGCGUGAUAUUGGAUUCUACCUCGAAAUGCCGCACCUGUGGUACAGAAUCACUUCGCACCGAGAUAGUAAAAAUCAAUUUAGUGUCAAACUUAACAUAAAAGUAAGCUCCGUGUCCACUGCCAAUAUUGAGAAAAAUGCUGCGUUCUUUUACUUUAUAAUAACCGUACAUACGCAAGUAGUCAUAUUGUGUAAAUAAAUGUUUUUGUAAGCUAACUGAGUCAACGAAAAAUAAUAAGCUUUCAAGUAUUUA